UCCAGGGGUAUUUCAUCUGCCUCCGAAUCUCGGGAAGCGUUCAGUUUCAUCUGAGACGUUUGGCGCAGCGGUCGAUACCAAAGAAAAUCCGGCCAGGCGCUACGAAAAAAAUACGAACGAGGCAAGAAGUAGGCGAAAAACUCAACAAUUUUCCUCAAAACCUCGUUAAUAGUUGCAAUUUUCAAUUAACUUUUCACGUGUGAAAACUCAAAAAGUGACAAGUAAAUAGUGAAUGGUGAUCUAGAAAAAAACAAAACCAAGUUCGUUUGAACCACUUUUGAAAGUAUCCUGCGGUUUGGAAGUUUUGCAUUUGCCGUCGCUAAUUGUGAGAAAGCAACUGCAACUGACAGGCGGCAAUCAGAAGUGAAAAAGGAAAUCGGAAAGGAAAGGAAAAACUUUUGCUCCUGCCGCCGGUUUCGCUUUCCCUGCUCGCCACUUCAUAUCCAAAUCCCGGGAAAUUGUUCGCCUGCCAGGCCUCAAGCUGGGCGAUUACCGCAAAAUGACACGUGUCAGGCGCAUUGUGCGCUUGGCCUAAAAGUAUGCUGCAUCAUUAGUGUCACACCAACGACUACACCAACGAGGGAAAAAAGGAAAACUGAGUCCUGAGACCGACUGCAGCUGGGAAAAUUGAAAAUGUAUGCUCAUUAGUAAGGACAGCAAAAGCGCAUUGCAAGGACCGUUGCGAAAAGUUCCUAAGUCAAGCGUCGAAGACCAAAAACAACGGCCAUUCAUAAUUAGCAACAACUACAACAAUACAACAACAAUUUUGCGAGGGGUGCCUGAUGGGCCGAAGGACAUCUGGCAAAAGUCAAGGACGAGCUGAAAAAUCAUUUACGAUAGCAUGGCCCAAGGAAGCAACUCCAGUUAUCUAGAGCCCCACAAGAAGCCAGCUGCCUCAGCGAGCUGAUUUUGAUUUUGAUUUCACAGAAUUAGACAAAUUGGAAGAGCUUGCAAAUAAAAUUGCCGGAAAAAAUUAAUAGAUUCGAUUAGCAAUAUAAAAAGCAUAAAGCCAGCGAAGAAACAACGCAGAGAUAACAGCCGGCGGCUUCUUUAAUUUGUCAACCAUCCAGCACCCAUCCACCCAUCGGACUUCCGCUAAAUCCAUCGCCUUAAGCCCACAAGCACCGAGUCAUGCCUGAGCAGGAUAAUUACGAUGAUGAGUUGGUCUCCAGCAAUCCCAACCAAAGGAAUUGGCGCGGGAUCCUCAUCGCGCUACUGGUCAUCAUCAUUGUCCUGGCCCUGAUUGUAACUUCGGUGGUGCUGCUCACGCCCCCCGAUGAGGGCCCGCGGGUCAAAGGGCAGCGCAUCAAGCUGCAGGACAUCGUAGAUGGCCUCUUUGUGCCGCAGCACUCAAACGGCAGCUGGAUCGAUGGCGAGGAGUUCCUGUACCAGGACCAUUUGGGUCGCAUCUGUCUGCUGAAUGCAGCCAAUCGCUCGGAACGUGUCCUCAUGUCCAAUGUGACAUUUAAAACCCUGGCCCCCUUCACAUUUACCAUAUCGGCGGACAAGCGAUAUCUGCUUUUGGCCCAGAACGUUGUGAAAUUAUUCAGACACUCGUAUUUGGCCCAGUACACGCUCUACGACAUCCAGACCAGCGAGAGCAUCAAGCUUCGCCACAGUCCGCCCCAGGAUGAAUGGCCCUAUCUGCACUACGCGCGAUUCACGCCCGUCGGAAACGCAUUGGUCUGGGUGGAGAGCUACGACAUCUAUUACCGGGCGGAGGUCCGCAGCCCGGCCGUGCACAGGAUUACCCAGGACGCGGUGCCCGGAGUGGCGUACAACGGCAUACCCGAUUGGCUGUACGAAGAGGAGAUUCUUCAUGCAAAUAAUGCGAUUUGGAUGUCGGACAAUGGCCAACUGAUGCUGUACGCCACCUUCAACGAUACGCACGUCCAGGAGCAACACUUUGCCUGGUACGGGACGACGGGUCCCUCCGGGGGACCAGCGGCUGCUGCAACGGGAGCAGGAGGAGCAGGUGGAGGAGCGGGAUCCGGGGGAGCGGGCGCCUCGUCGAGCGGUAGUAAUCCGCAUGCCAACCUGUACCCGGAAAUCAGGUCCUUACGCUACCCCAAACCGGGCACUCAAAAUCCCACGGUAACCCUACGAGUAGCUUACCUGAAGGAUCCGCAGCAACUCCGCAUCACAGACCUGAAACCUCCACAAAUUUUGGCCAAUGAGGAUCACUACUUCAGCAGCGCCAGUUGGGUGAGUCACUCCAAGAUCGCGGUGGUGUGGCUCAAUCGUCCGCAGAACAUCUCGGUGGUCAGCGUGUGCAAGGCGCCGUCGUUCGAGUGCAUUGAGACCCACCGGGUGAGCGGAGAUGGACGGGGCUGGGUGGACACAGUGGCAGUGCCGCUGUUUGCCUCCAAUGCCAGCAUCUAUGUGGCCAUCUCACCGCUGAGAGACGGCCUGUUUGGCUAUUUCCGGCACAUCGUGCACGUGGACAUCGAGAAGAACCGGGUGCUGCCCCUCACCCAUGGACCCUACGAGGUGAAUCGAUUGCUGCACUGGGAUCAGGUGGAUAAUUGGAUCUACUUCCUGGGAACUCCUGAGCGCCUUCCCUCGCAGCAGCAUCUGUAUCGCGUAUCCGCCCUGCCAGCCCGCCAAGGACAGGCCCUGCACCCACCCGACUGUCUGACGUGUCCGACGGUGGGGCAGUGGGCCGAGGGCUACGACGAGGGUCACACCAAGUCGCCGCCCAAGUUGGUCACUGCCUGGGACGAUGACUGGGAGGAUUCCGAGGAGGCGGAGGCACCACCGCCCCAGCCAGCUCUGCCGGUGGAGCAACAGCCGCCGGGAAGGGGUCAGAGUGCCCCGCUGCCACCGCCGCCCAGCGAUUGCCUGUACCACGAGGCACAGUUUCCCAUCUCCCGCCAGGCGAAAUACGUGCUCGUUGAUUGCCUGGGACCAGUGGUGCCCACCGCUAUAAUCUAUGGCCUAAAAUCCACCGCUGCGGAAAACGCCAAGGUAAAACGGCAGAGCACCCAACAGGAGGAACCACCCACGGAGGGUGGGGAAAAAAGGGGGUCAAAGGAAGAGCUCAAGUCGCAGUUCCUGGAGCUUCUGGUCACCGUACAGAACAACACCCGGUUGAAGGAGAAGAUGGCCAAGACGGCCAUGCCGCAGAUCAAGACCUUUCCCGUGAUGAUUUCCGGCGGAUAUCAUGCCCAGGUCCGGCUCUACCUGCCGCCGGUUCUUCGCGAGGACGAGAUCACUCGAUAUCCCACCAUUCUGCAUGUCUACUCGGGACCGGGCAGUCAGUUGGUCACCGAUCGCUGGCACGUCGAUUGGAACACCUAUCUGUCCGGCAGCAAGGACUACAUCGUCGUGGAGAUCGACGGACGGGGAUCCUCGGGCCAGGGCUAUCAGCUGCUCCACGAGGUCUACAAGCGUCUGGGCAGCGUCGAGGUCUCCGACCAACUGGAGGUCAGCGAGUACCUCCGGGACAACCUGCACUUCAUCGAUUCUCGAAGGAUGGGUGUCUGGGGCUGGAGUUACGGAGGAUAUGCGGCCGCAUUGGCGCUGGCCGGACAGCAGUCGAUAUUCCAGUGUGGGAUCAGUGUAUCCCCAGUCACAAACUGGAAGUUAUAUGACUCUACUUAUGCCGAGCGCUAUCUGAGUUUCCCCAACGUUACGGAUAACUACAAGGGUUACGAAGAGAGUGAUCUCUCAAAAUAUGUGGAUAAUCUGAGAGACCGUCAAUUCCUGUUGGUUCACGGAACUGCCGAUGAUAAUGUGCAUGUCCAACAAUCGAUGGUCUUGGCAAGAACCCUGACCAGCAAAGGGGUGCUCUAUAAGCAACAGAUAUAUCCUGACGAGGGCCACAGCCUUUCGGGGGUUAAACGGCACUUGUACCGCUCAAUGACCGCCUUCUUUGAGGAUUGUUUCAAGAAACUGAUCGAUCAGCAACAACAAAAUCAAACAGAUUCCAUGGAUUUCCUGGACUUUCAUAGUUUCUAUGGCCGCUAAGUUUGAUUCCAUAUCCCACAUCCUUCAGAUACUAGGUGCCGCCGGAAUCGAAAGCAGGUCUGGGUAAUGGCGGCGAUAUGCAACAGCAAUAAACAUGAGUUAUGGGAUCUGCAACGGCAAAUAUAUAAAAUAUAAACAGCGUAAUUCUGAUAACAAAAGUAUGGAACCCAACAAACUUCAACCGGAACGUGCGAACGAAAUGUUAUUUUGUAAAUUGCAUUAAAUGUGAUUUAUCAUUAACACCCAACCACCCCCACACACACACACACAAACGUACACCCUGUUAAAUGGCAUUUCAAAUAGCCAAACAGCAAGAACAACUAAGUUAAAUGGCAUUUUGUGUAAAAUUAAUAAGCAAAGCACAGCAAAAAAAAGAAAGCGAAAUGCCAAGUAAGUGUGCAAAAAAAGCAGCAUAAACAAACAAAUGUAUGUAGGUAUGCGGACAAAGCGAACAAAAUCAACAUGGUUGUGAAAACAUAACGCACACAGGCACAACUCACACACACACACAGACAGAACGGAACACGAACACCAUCAUAAAGAGAAAGCACGCACAAAGGUAGGCAAUAAAAAGUUACACAUGCGGCUUUUCUCCGACAACAGGUGUGACAUUUCAAUGCCCUCGAAAAGGGUCCUUAGAUUUCGGCAAACCUUUUGUGAGUAUUUUUGUUUUAUUUAUUGUUCAGCUAUUUAUUUUCAGUGUAAGGUGAGCCAUUUAUUUUGAAGAAAAUUCUAAAAUCCUAUGUUGUGUAAAUUUUUUACGGUUAAAAAGAAGUCAAGAAUAGUUAAAACAGCUCAAAUCAACUUAACUAAGCUCAAAAUAAAAAGGAUUUCUGAAUUUAAAUUUGCACAGGUAUUUAGACAGUCGACUUUUCAGGGCCACUCACUUAUUUUGGUUUACGUUUAUUGUAUUCCAUUGUAAUUUAUACAUUUCUUUUGCAUACAUUUCCAAUGAAAAGCAAACAGAAAUAAAAUUGAAAAACCAAUUUUAUUGAAAAUGCUACACGGGAACCAGCUGAGUUUGAACGGAAAUGACCAGCAUAAAUCAAACCUGACAACAUUCUAAAUGACAUUUUCUGAUAGUCGAACGGUUUUAUCAUUUGCCAAGAGAAAGUUUUACCAAAAAUGUGUAGUGGCUCACGGUGGAAAGGGUUUUUGGGGGACGGAUAGUAACCCAUAAAUUGGGACUGAAUUUAUGGACUUAGCUCAUAAUUGAGUCUGUAUUUCCAAACUGUUGACAAAACGAUUGAUUGAAGUGAGAAUUGGCGCACUGUACUCGUUUCGAGAUUAAAUUCAAAUUCAAUUUGAAUACAAUUCAGUCUCCGUUUGGCUAGAUUAAAUUACGUUUUUAAUUUGGUUUUUGUUACUCGUAAAUUUGAUCGUAAAGUUUACUGCCCUAAAACAACAGAAAAACACUGAAUAAUGUCCGAGAGAUGGGCCAGCAGAGAAAAUAAUUCGUUUGCAGUAACACAGUUUAAUUAAAUCAAACGAAAUAAAAAUGCAGCAAUAAAUACAGGAUAAAUAUUUGAAAUGAAACGAGGGAAACAAACAAGCGGGCUCUGGACCCAAACAAAUGCAUAAAAAGAACUUUCGAUAAAUGCAGAUAUAAUUGAAUUUCCAGAAAGCAAACAGAAAAUUACCAAAUGGCCAAAGUAAAGUUAUUAAACAAAAAUGGAGAGGCUUCAAUGUGAAAAUGAACAAAAGUUAUGAAUCAAACAAACCAAUUAAAUAGAAUAAAUGCAUGUAAGUAGCGCAAUACUAUUUAUUAGAUAAAUUUACCACUUUUUGUUCAAUUUAAUUGACACUACUUUUCAAAGCAGAAAAAACAGAGAUUAGUGAGGAUAAAGUAGCGUUAGUCAGAAUCCAAACUAAAACCAAGCAAAAACUAGUUAAUUAAGCGAAGGUGAAUUAAAAUGAUAAAAAAAACAAUGAGAAAAAGGUCAAAAAUAGCUGCGAUACACGUUAAACAUAAAAUGGGACAAAAGCAAUGCUCAAAAUGUAAGAAAAAGAAAGGAGGAGCAGAAGAAAGCCAAAUGACACCGCAUCGCACAUUCUGCUGAAAUCUCAAUUAACCCCGUUCCCUACGUUUAUUUCCCAGCCCAAGAGCAGUAUGCUAAAAAAGGAUUAUCUUUAAUUAGACGUUUGGCACACUUUUUCGAGAGCGCCAGUUAAUUAGCAAACGCCGUCGAAUUCAGACUGGUGGCUCUUAAUUCUGAUGGUUGAGCAGGAUGCUUCCUGUAGAGGAUGUGCCUAGGGAGGUGGAUCUCAUGGAAACUAUAUGAAUAUAUAUAUAUAAUACUGGGUGUCAUAAUUGCACAUCCGAUUAAAUGCAAAACAGUAUUCUUAACAUUCUAAUCUAACAGAUUUGGCCUAGAUACAAUUAUUUUCUACCAUAAUUCAAUCUUAAACACUCUAAACAUUCGAGUCUAAGCAGAUUUUGGCUAGAUACAAUUAUUUUCAACCAUAAUUUAACCUUAAAUCUAAUUAUGAGUUUAAAAAGAAAAACUAAUUCCUUAUGGAAGUUUGCUUAUCCAAAGUUAAGCCAGGAUUAUGUUUUGUUUUGGAAUAUAAUCCGAGGUAUAGUCGUAACUGGAAACAAAUCCUGAGAAACUAAAUAAAUGUUUCAUUUAAAUUAGAUGCUGAAAGACACCAUCUAUAAAGUUAAUCUGUAAAAUUCCCAGAAACUCCUCUGAACUGUUUUAACAUGACAACUAAUUGGAACACCCGCAUAUUCCACACUAUAUUAUGGCAUAAACUCUGUUCAAGUUUCCAGAGCACAUCGCUACUUUGUAUCCAGCUAAAUUCCUAUAAAUAUAAAUGUGUAUAUCCGUUUACUUUCUCCACAGUUCGUAGCUGUAGCGACCCCAGAGGUAUAGAGUUUCCACCAACUUUCAGGGCAAUUUUAAUAAUAAAGCCGCGUUGGCCGCAAAGUAUGCUACACACAAAAUAUAAACCCCUUUCCAUUUCCAUUUGCCCCGUGCCACGCCCCCUUUCACUUUCAGGUAGGCAGUGACGUGUGCUGGUGUUGGGCAAAAUUGCAAGCCAACAUAAAUUUAUGUCUGCCUGACACUUUUAUGUGCCUCGCUGGCGGUUUCAGCUUUUUACGUCGCGUUUUUAGACGCUUUGCAGAACGCAUGCCAAUGUUUGGCUAAGCCGCAGGUUUUCCUGUCCACAAUUAACUCACACAGGUGUCGCUGUGUAGAACACCUGGAAAAAGAAAGUGGGGGGUGUGUGUGUGUGAAGGCGAUUAUUUUUAGCCUGAAAGGUCGUCUGUCGUCUGCAAAAGGCCAGCUGCUGCUCUGCCACUCCCCCUUUUAUCCCCGCCCACCUGUCCCGUGUCCUGUUGACACACACACAUACACAGAAAAAAGGAUAAAGGUGUUUUGCUUUAAAUGGGCAUAUAGGAUAGGUUCCCCCCAACACCCCCGAGAUGAAGCCAUAAGUGCGAUGCAGUGUCAAAGCCAUAGAAACGAUAAAAAAAAAAUCUUAAAAAAAAGAAUAUUGAAAAACAAAAAAAUUUAAAUGCUUUCUAUGUAGUGUACUAAGGACCAAUUACCAAUGAGACGUGCGGGAAUAAUUAAAUAAAUAUAUACACAAGCGAAAAAUAUGAAAAUGUAGAGGAUUAACAAAAUUUGCAAUAUAUACAUAGACCCACAUACAACAUAACGACCUAUUGACUCAAAUACCAUUUAGUAAUUAUACAAGCAUAUAUAUACCUAAUGAUAUAUACAACAAAUCAAAUAAAUAUGUAUACACAUACGGAUAUGGUAGUCUAGUUCGUUUAGUGGAUCAAGCGUUUGCAUUAUUCGAGUUACAACCGUAUGAAAAAACC